CUGAAGCGCACUGAGGUUAUACUUUUAAUUCGUUUACCUGCCACAGUGUGUGGCUAUGCGGACCAAUAGCGUUACACUUCAGAGGUCGGAGCGGAAGUUGUUGGCUGUUUGUGCCACUGCAGCAAGUGCCGGUAGCUUUUAGCAAGCUAGCAGCCUUCUCAUCGUUCUUCUGCUGAUUGUCACGGGGAAGACGAAAUAUGAGAAGGUUUGGAAUACACGAAAGAUGAAGCCGGCAAGUCCAGGGAAAUUAUUUUCACCGGCAUCGCCUCUGAAGACGAGGAUAAGCUAACGUAAAGAAACCCGGAAGUAUUGUUGAAGCCAGCCAUAAACACAAUGAGUGCCAAAUAUGGCCUGGUGGGCUACAACAGUUCACGGAAGCACAUUUCAAUCUCCAUUCCAUCGUCAACAGAGGUGAUGUCACCCCACAUCAAGUCUGUGGAGGAGCUGAGAGUUCUGGGAAUCAACCUGAGCAGCUUCAGCGCCCCCACACAGUUUUUCAUCUGUGUAGCUGGGGUCUUCCUCUUUUACCUCGUCUAUGGAUACUUGCAGGAGUUGAUAUUUUCUGUGGAAGGAUUCAAGCCUUUUGGUUGGUACCUCACUCUGGUCCAGUUUGGAUUUUAUUCCAUGUUUGGACUAGUGGAGCUUCAGCUCACACAGGACAAACGCAGAAGGAUACCAGGGAAGACCUACAUGAUAAUAGCAUUUCUAACAGUGGGAACCAUGGGCCUGUCCAAUACCUCUCUGGGCUACUUGAACUACCCUACACAGGUCAUCUUCAAGUGCUGUAAACUCAUCCCUGUCAUGAUUGGAGGAGUGUUUAUACAAGGUAAACGCUAUAAUUUGGCCGAUGUGUCCGCUGCUCUGUGCAUGAGUCUGGGACUCAUCUGGUUUACGCUAGCUGACAGCAAAGUGGCCCCCAACUUCAAUGUCACAGGUGUUCUCCUCAUCUCUCUGGCACUGUGUGCAGAUGCUGCCAUUGGAAAUGUGCAGGAGAAAGCCAUGAAACUCCAUAAUGGCUCCAACUCUGAAAUGGUGCUGUAUUCGUACUCCAUCGGUUUUGUCUACAUACUGACAGGCCUGCUCUGUGUGGGUGGGCUGGGGACAGCAGUGGCAUUCUGCUCAGAGCAUCCUGUGAAGACAUAUGGUUAUGCGUUCUUCUUCUCUCUUACGGGUUACUUUGGCAUCUCUUUCGUGCUGGCCUUGAUCAAGCUGUUUGGUGCCCUGGUUGCUGUAACAGUGACCACUGGGAGAAAGGCCAUGACUAUCGUACUUUCCUUCAUGUUCUUCACAAAACCUUUCACUUUUCAGUACAUCUGGGGCGGCCUUCUGGUGCUCUUUGGCAUCUUCUUGAAUGUUUACAGUAAAAACAGAGAGAAAAUGAAGCUUCCUUCCAUCAAGGACCUCAGGAGCUGGCUGCUGACAGGAAAGAAAGUCAGAUUUCUCUCACAAAAUGUAUAAGAGGCACCCACAGGCAUAAUGGAAGUCCUACACAGGCAGACUGUACAUCUUUUCAGAUGCAGAGUCCCCCCCCCCACCAUCACAGGGGAUAUACUGAAGCAUGUGCCCGAGCUACGGGCCUCAUCACCACCAACAUUGAGCCAAGGACGGGUUUGCAGGGUUUGACCACCAAUCAGCCUCAGAGACAGUUGAUAUAAUUAAACUAUGAUGGGUGAUGGAAUCUCUGUAUCCUGUCUCUUAUCUAUCAGUACACCACUGGUGUAGAACUGACUGAAAUUACUGUACUUGCAGCAAACUGAAGGAACUAUCACUAUUUUUAAAAGGGGAUCAAUGGCUAGUGGGUUCUUGCAAAGCAGUCCUUCAAGCCCCCUCAAGGAACAUUCCCAACAAGGAGGACACCACCAAGAACUUUAAGACUUUAAGACAAAAGGGAAGCCAGCGCCUUAGCUAACCAAAUCACACAGUUUUGCACUGGAAAUGACUCGUACUUAAACCCUUGAGUGGUUGGGGAAAAAAGCGUACAUUUUGGAAGGAAAGAAUCCAGAGAGACAUGUCAAUGUGUCACAUUAGAAAUGAAUGUUUGAUUGCCAUCCUUAAAGAAAAUACAUAUUAAGAAAAAGGCAUAUUUGUCUCCGCACGUGCCAGAAAGACAGAACAAAGAUGUGUUUUACAUAAUCAUUUUCUUGAUAAAAUUGGCUUUUUUUCAUAGUUUAUUGAUAAUUUAUAGCUGAAUGUGUCCCAAAUCAUGAAAAAUGAGUAAUCCGUGUGAUCAUAUGGUGACAUUUGGGAAUAGAGACAUUUGCUCAACUGUACAUCACAAUGUCAACUACCAUUAUUUGCUAACCAUGUGUUUGGAUGAAAGAGUACUGCUCUUUUUACAAUAAAACAAACUAAGAUGCUUCUCUUAAA